AUGCACUCCGCCGUGGUCCUCGUCGCCGCCUCGGUGGCCCUCUACCUCGUCCUCCACUGGCGCCGCCGAACCCCCCCCGGCGGCGGCGCGCCCCUGCCCCCCGGCCCGAAACCCCUGCCCGUCCUGGGCAACGUGCUCUCCCUGCCCCCGAGAGGCGCCCCCGAGUACGCCCACUGGCUGCAGUUCCGGCGCUACGGGCCCGUCAGCGCCAUCACCGCCCUCGGCCAGGUCGUCGUCAUCAUCCACGGGCGCGACGACGCCCGCCAGAUCCUCGACAAGAUGUCCACCAGGACCUCGGACCGGCCGCGGUCCGCUUUCGUCACCAUGUCCGGCUUCGAUCGGUUCCUGCCCGGCUCCCCGUACGGCGACCGCUGGCGCCGCCAGCGCAAGAUGAUGCACCAGUACCUCGGCACCGGGAGGCUCUCGCGCCGCUUCGACGGCAUCCAGGACAAGGAGUCGCGGCGUCUUCUUUUCCGCGUCCUGACUGAGCCGGCGGGGCUGUUUGAGCACUUUAAAACGGAAGCUUCUGCCAUUAUCCUGCACAUGACGUACGGGUACACCAUCGAGCCCGACAGCCCGGACCCGCUGGUCAAGCUGAUCGACCGCAUGAUGGACAACUUUACAAAGACCAUGGUGCCGCUCUCUUGGAUGGUCGACGUGGUGCCCGCGCUGAAGCUCGUGCCCGGCCUGGCAUUCAAGGCCACGGCGCGCCAGUUCCGCGCCGUCAACGACCUCGUCUCCAACGCGCCCUACCGGUUCGUCCGAAAGCAGAUGGCGGCAGGCGCCCACUGCCCCUCGUUCGUCUCGUGCCUCGUUGAGGAAAACACCCGCUCGGGCGACCGGACGCUCGACCCGACCUCGGAGCAGGACAUCAAGGAUGCCGCCGGCAUCCUGUACGGAGGCGGCGCCGACACGACGGCGGGCGUCCUGGGCGCCUUUGCGCUCGCCAUGGCCAUGUUCCCCGAGGUCCAGCGCAAGGCGCAGCGGGAGAUCGACGCCGUCGUCGGCCCCGACCGGCUCCCCGGCCUGCAGGACCAGGAGAGGCUGCCGUACGUCUCCGCCGUGGCCAAGGAGGCGCUGCGCUGGUUCCCCGUCGCGCCGGUCAACACCACCCAUGCCACGACCGACGACAUCCACUACAAGGGCUACCUGAUCCCCAAGGGCGCCUACCUGCUCGUCUCGCUGUGGUGGCUCACCCGCGACCCGGAGACGCACCCCAGCCCAGAGUCGUUCGAUCCCGAGCGGUACCUCGCGCCGCGAAACGAGCCGGACCCCGCAGACAUCGUGUUUGGCUACGGCCGGAGGAUCUGUCCCGGCCGGUUCCUCGCUGAGCAGAGCCUCUUUGUGACAAUUGCCCGACUAUUGGCCACCUUCACCCUCGCGGGGGUGCAAGGUGAAGAGCAACCCAGGCUCGAGUUCACCCCGGGGCUGGUUUCCCAUCCCGUCAAGUUUCCGCUCAAGGUGGAACCGAGAAGCGAGAGGCAUGCUCAGCUCGUGAGGGCUGGGGCCGACUGGUCUCUGGACAAGAGCGAUGCCGGGGCCCUUGCCGCCGAGGCUGACGACAUCCAGAGGGCUUUGUGA